AUGUCGAAAUCAUCAUCUGCCAGUAAUACGACUAUCCCCACAUCGCCCGAAGAGACCUCACUCGUGAAGGGAUCGGAAGACAUCUCACCCACGGCAGGACUAGAGGAUAUUCGUCCGUUGCCAUUCAAAACAAUUCUGAAUUUACGAAAAAUCGUUCAGUCGCAAUGCGAUGAGUUACAAAAGGGGGACUCAACUCAACAAUAUCUUGUGUUUACGCAUGUCAGCACAGACGACCUUACUAAGAUAGACCGUACACUUGAAAAAAUGAGUAUUCAUACUCGGAUGACUCAUUACACGGAUGAAAAUCUGUUAAUAGUUAAAUUCCCUACUGCGAAGCACGAAGCGGCACACUUAUCAUUAACUGGUAAAGUGAACCGGAAACUCGCCCUAAUGGGAAUUGAUGACGAGUUUUGGCCUGUUGGUGCAACUCGGAUUCAUGGUCGUCGCUCCUCUAAAGAGGCCGACUCAGCUUUUAAACCUUACUCCUUCCGACCAAAUGAAGCCGACUGGCCAACGAUCGUUUUCGAGGCUGGACUAUCCGAAUCGCUGCGUCGUCUUAGAUUAGAUGCAAAAUGGUGGCUUACGGGGUCCCGGGGUGACGUGAAGACUGUCAUUGUCAUCUCGAUAAAGCCGGCGCAAUCAAUACUACAUAUCGAAAAGUGGGAGCUCGCUUCAGUAGUAGCUGGAACGCGGCUAAACACUAGAGCGUUCUCUACCCUCAACAACCCUCAACCUUCACCGCAGGUUCCAACGCAAAUACAGGUGAUUGCUAUUGACCCGAACACUGUCACUGGAGCGCCAUUGACUCUGGAAUUUGCGAAAAUAUUUCUCCGCCCACCUGUACCGCCAGAAAAUGACAUCAUAUUUACUGCGCAAGAGCUUUCAACUUUGGCGGCCAGAAUCUGGUAA